GAGUUGCGUUGCCCCUGCGCCCCGUGCUCCGGUCUCACCUGCCGCCGCUCCGCCCUCCGGAGCUCUCGGUCCUGGGCCGAGCUUGGGCUUGGCCACUUCCUUGCCGUUUCGCGCCCGCGGUGGGCCCGCCCUCGACUGGGCUUCCCUGGCCGGGGACUCCUGCUGUCUCUGUUUCCGUAUCUAGUGGUGCAGGAUUUUGUAUCUUUUCGAACAUUUGCCUCUGUUCGCUGACUGGGUUCAGAACUGCAGAGGUCUGGGAUUUUCGUGUCGGCCUAGGUUGUUGUUUUUAACUUUAAAAUCUCAGAUUUUCAUAUAGAAGGGGCCUCAAAUGAGCGAGUAGUAAAUUUCCAGUGUUUCAAGGUGAAGAGAUGGCGUUUGUGAAGAGUGGAUGGUUGCUUCGACAGAGUACGAUUUUAAAGCGCUGGAAAAAGAAUUGGUUUGACCUGUGGUCAGAUGGUCACUUGAUCUAUUACGAUGAUCAGACACGCCAGAGUAUUGAGGAUAAAGUCCAUAUGCCAGUGGACUGCAUCAAUGUCCGCACAGGGCACGAGUGUCGGGACAUUCAGCCUCCAGAUGGGAAGCCAAAAGAUUGUCUGCUUCAGAUCAUCUGCCGAGAUGGGAAGACGAUUAGUCUUUGUGCAGAAAGCACAGAUGAUUGUUUGGCUUGGAAAUUUACAUUGCAAGAUUCCAGAACAAAUACGGUGUGUGUGGGCUCUGCAGUGCUGUCUGAUGAGACUGUGGUGGCUUCUUCGCCCCCUCCUUUCAUGGCCUACGCUGCGCCGACUGCCGAGCAGGCAUAUGGCUAUGGUCCCUAUGGUGGUGCAUACCCAGCAGGAACUCAGAUUGUCUAUGCUGCGAACGGGCAGGCGUACGCAGUGCCAUACCAGUACCCCUAUGCAGGACUCUAUGGACAGCAGCCUGCCAACCAAGUCAUCAUCCGUGAGCGCUAUAGAGACAAUGACAGUGAUCUGGCCCUAGGCAUGUUGGCUGGAGCAGCUACUGGCAUGGCCCUAGGGUCUCUGUUCUGGGUCUUCUAGAGUCUUUAUGAUCUCUUACAUGCAUAGCUUCUGAUAACUCUGUGUGCGGUAAUAUGAUUUGCAGGGCAUUUGUUUGUGACAAAUGCUUUGAUAGUAGUUUUAGUAGUUCUUUUGUAGUAGUGAUUUGAUAAUUGUAACAAUCCAUGCAAGUUCCACAGUUGGGCUUAAACUGUGUUGUGUAGUUGUAACAUGGACUGUCUUGGUUCACAGGCUUAUUCCCAGACUUUGUGGAGAGACUUUUUCUUCUUAGUUAGGUGUAGUGCUUUGCUUAAAGGUUAAUUUAUUUUCUUGUUAGGCAAAUAAUGUAGUGAUGAAUGAGUGAGUGAUUGUGGAAAGGCAGACUGCAGCUUCUUUUGGUUUAAUCUCAGACUUUGAGAUUUUAGACCAGAACUGGCUGCAGGUUACUUUAGGAGUGGUGGGCCGGGGAGCUGCCAGGUGGCGUUCCCGAGGCCUUGGUACAAGAACCCCACGACCUGCCUUUGGUGAUGCAGACUGCUCAAGGUGAUGACCACACCACCCUCCCACCCUUUAAAAAUGUUGCUUCUGAAACCUGCCUAAUUCUAGAGCUGCUGCUUAUUGUGUUACUCUUGUUUGUUUUCAUAAUGAUAUUUGGAAAACAUCUCAAAUUAGGAAUUGAUUUGAGAAAAGUCUAAGAAGCAGAAUAAUAAGUGUACAGAGGUCGAUUUGCAUUAUUGAGUGAUGUAUUUUUAGCGUCCGAUUUAGGUGUAUUUAUUGCUGGCUAAAUCUACUUAUAUCCUAUUUUUCUACUUGUUGAGGAGGUAAUAUUAAAAGAAUAGUUUGGAGAACAGAGAGAGAGAGGGAGAGAGAGAGAGAGAGAGAGAGAGAGCGAGCGCCAUAGGGAUGUUCCCACCUCAGACCUUCUGGGGACCACACAGAGUAGGAAACACUUGUUUUCUGCCCCUGGAAGGCCUUGGCUAUUGACCAAGCACUGGGAUGGACUGGGGCUGGGGUAGACUUGGCUUACAGAUGAGAAAUGGAGCCUAGAAGGUGAAGAUACAACUCAGCCUGGCUGAGACCUCAGCCUUGUUUUUAUUCCUGACCCACACAUUACAGAUAAGCUUAAAACAUUUAAUUUUGGGCCCCUAGAUGUGUGAAGCUCUGGAAAAGCCACAGUCUUACAUUUCUGACAAAUAUUCAUAUUUUCUAUAUUAUGAAAUAUGUAUUUCAUGAAUUUGUUAUUUUGUUUUUUAAAGCUGAAUAUUGAUUGCAGUUUUCUGUCCUGCAUGCUUUAAACAAUGUAUUUUUGCAAAGGCUGGUUAGCACUAUUCAGCCCCCACCCCAUUGCCCCAUUUUCUCUAAUGUACACUCCAGGAAGCACAAACUCUGUUGUGAUUGUGCCUAGGUUACAUUUAUGCUCUGUAGUUGCACUGCUCAGCUGGUUCCGUGACUUUGUGAAUAGAUCGCAUAUGAAUCCAGAUGCCAAGUAGAUUUAAUAGUGCCCACAGUCUAUUUUUCUAGCCACUCCUAGGGGACUUACUAACAUGCGAAUGUCCUUUUCCAGCUGAAAAGUGUACAUGUGGGUAAAUGUGAAAUAUGGCAA